AUGGAUCGCAAACAGCCGCCCUCACGGUGUCCACUGGGCACCGUGUCCAACGACCUGAGAAUUCUGCAAGGCGAGUGCUGGGACCAGCAGUUUGAUGGGGAUAAUGAUGAUCAGGAGAAAUUACUGAAGGAAAGCUCCACACUCUACAUGGGGAAUCUUUCCUUUCAUACUACCGAAGAGCAAAUAUAUGAGCUCUUUAGUAGAUGUGGUGAUAUCAAGCGUGUAUUUAUGGGCCUGGAUAAAAUUAAGAAAAAGGCAUGGGGUUUCUGUUUUGCAGAGUACUAUAACAGACUUGAUGCCGAAAAUGCCAUGUGGUUCCUAAACGGGACCCGCCUAGAUGAUCGUAUUAUCCACACAGAUUGGGAUCUAGCCUUUAGAGAGGGCAGACAGUAUGGCCACCGACCUGAGGACCAAGUAAGAAACGCGUUUUGUGAAGAUUUUGAUGUUGGUAGAGGUGGCUCUGGAAAACAGGCUCAGGCCCGUGAUAGAAGAGGAAUCCAUUAG